AGCCCAACCCUGCCCACGCCUCAAACCAGCCGGCACGUCUCCGACGCGCGCGCCGCCGUCGUCGCCUCCAUCGGCAACAUGCUCGACGCGGAGCUCCAGUCCCGCGCCGGCAUCCUCCACGCCAACGCCGCCGCCCUGGAGCGACAGCAGCGCGACGUCGUCCGCGCCACGGACGGCCUGCGCAAGGAGACGCAGAAGCUGAAAGCAGAGGCGGACAAGGCGGCGCGCAAGGUCAAGGAGCUGGGCAACGUGCAGAAUUGGGCAGAGGUCCUCGAGAGGGGGUUCUUGGUGCUGGAGGAGACGGUCAGGUUGGCGAAUGGGGGGAAUGAUGGGAGUGAUGGCGGCGAGGAGGAGGAGGAGGAGGAGGAGGAGCAGAGACUUGGUGGUGAGGGUGUUUGUGGUGGUGGUGGUGGUGAUGAUGAUGGUGAUGGCGGU